UAUCGGCGCAGAACCCAGUUCUUGUACAGCAGAGCACUGAUCGGACCGGACCGAGAGGAACAUGCUGGGCUUCUUUGUAAGAACCAUGGUAAGAAAACAGGCUGCACCGGCCAUGGCGGUUCCCUCCAAGCUCCUGAAGCCGGUGUCCCUGACGAAGGUGGCAUCCCGCUACCUGAUCCACCAGGAUUCCCUACCAAAGCUGCCAGUGCCAGAGCUCAGGCAGACGUGUCAACGGUACUUGGCUGUCCUGGAGCCGCUGGUCAGCGACGAGGAGCUGGAGCACACAAGGACUCUAGUGGCCGACUUCAUGGUGCCUGGUGGAGUCGGGGAGAGGCUGCAGAAGGGGCUGGAGCGGCGGGCCCGUAAAAUGGACAACUGGCUCUCAGACUGGUGGUUGCAGUCGGCCUACCUGGAGUUCCGAAUGCCCGUGGUGGUCUACUCGAGCCCGGGAGUGGUCCUGCCACGUGCAGAGUUCCAGGACAGACAGGGGCAGAUGAGAUACGCUGCCAAACUGAUUGCAGGAGUGUUGGACUUCAAAACCAAGAUUGACAACGGCACCCUCCCCGUGGAGUACAUGGUGGGGAAACCCUUGUGCAUGAACCAGUACUACCAGAUCCUGUCCUCCUGUCGCAUCCCCGGACCCAAGAGGGACAUGGUGGUGAACCAUUCUUUGGGCAAGGCUCCGCCCACACAUGUUACCGUGGUGCACAACUACCAGUUCUUUGUCCUAGAUGUGUACAACAGCGACGGCACCCCGCUCACCGUGGACCAGAUCUACAUGCAGCUCGAGAAGAUCUGGAACUCCUCGCUGCAGACCAACAAGGAGCCCAUCGGCAUCCUGACCUCUCAACACCGCAACACCUGGGGCAAGGCCUAUGCCAACCUCAUCAAGGACAAGACGAACAAGGAGUCGGUGCGUGCCAUUCAGAAGAGCAUCUUCAUCGUGUGCCUGGACGCCCCCAUGCCGCGAGCGUCGGACGAGAUGUACCGCAGCCGAGUGGCCGUGCAGAUGCUGCACGGUGGGGGGAGUCGCUGGAAUAGCGGGAACCGCUGGUUUGACAAGACGCUGCAGUUUAUAAUUGGAGAAGAUGGGUCGUGUGGUCUAAUUUACGAGCACGCCCCAGCCGAAGGCCCGCCCAUUAUGUCCUUGGUGGACCAUGUGGUUGAGUACACGAAGAAGUCUGAGAUGGUGCGCUCUCCCAUGAUCCCGCUGCCCAUGCCCCAGAAGCUGCGCUUCAACAUCACGCCUGAAACCAAGAAAGACAUCGAGAAGGCCAAGCAGAACAUGAACAUAUUGGUGCAGGAUCUGGAGAUGAAGGUCAUCGUGUUCUCCCACUUCGGGAAGAACGUUCCCAAGUCCUACAAGAUGAGUCCGGAUGCGUUCAUCCAGAUAGCCUUGCAGCUCGCUUACUUCAGGAUGUACCACGUGUGCUGCUCGACGUACGAGAGCGCGUCCCUGCGCAUGUUCAGGCUCGGCCGCACCGACACCAUCCGCUCCACCUCCAUGGACUCGCUGAGAUUCGCGCAGGCCAUGGACGAUCCCACCAAGACGAGCGUGGAGAAGGUGGCUCUGCUGCAAAAGGCUGUAAAUGCCCACAGGGUUUACACUGACAUGGCCAUCAGAGGUCAGGCGAUCGACCGGCACCUCCUGGGGUUGAAACUUCAGGCCAUCGAAGAUCUGACUUCCAUGCCGGAGAUCUUUAUGGACACCAGCUAUGCCGUGGCUCUACAUUACAGCCUCUCCACCAGCCAGGUCUCGGCCAAGACGGACUGCGUGAUGUGCUACGGCCCGGUGGUACCAGACGGCUACGGCGUGUGCUACAACUCGAUGCAGGAGCACAUCAACUUCUCGGUGUCGGCCUUCAACAGCUGCGCGGAGACCAACGCCGCCAAGCUCGCCCGAGGCCUGGAGGAGGCGCUGCUGGACAUGAGGGCCCUGCUGGAGCAGACGCCCAAGGCCAAGCUGUGAGGCGUGAGCUGUGAGAACGCGGUGCUGGAGGCCGACGGCCGGGAUGAGAGGGGCAGACCAGGGGCUGGGGGGGUGACGUCUUGUGGGGUGAUGUCUCAAACGUUGUCUCGGACUCAGAUGAUCUCAACACUUCUUCACAACGUAUUUUCUGGGACUUGACCUUGCAAUGUUCUGGCGACAUGACCUUCGUUAGUACGACACCGGCUGCCCCAGACUGCACUGCAGCUGAAGCUGUAGUGGCAAUUCCUGUGGGCGGGACUUCUUGUGAACUGGGCGUGGCCAACCCUUGGUCUCCAAGUAACUAUGAUAUUUCAACGCAACACACACACACUUGCAAAUAAUGGCUUUUUUGUAUACUUUGAGGUCCGAAAGAUAGGCAACAACACCUUUAAAAUGUUCUCGUAUAUCGGACUCGUUCACCGUGUUCCUAAAUUACUAGAUAAAUUACUUUUAAACAUUUUAUUCAGCUUUGCUGCCUUUUCAGGGUGUUGGAGGUUGAUGACAUCUGCAAAGAAGUAUUUGCAUUUUUUAAAACAUCCAGAGACUAACACCAAUUAAAUAUCUGCCUCUGAAUUAUGUACAUAUUAUAGCUCUAUUAGAUUAAUGUUGUGGAAGCAAAUAUGUACAAUUGAGUAAUGUAUCAGGUACAAAGAUACGCUGCUCCAGUCAGCCGUAUUUACCAAGCAAAUGCAGAAAUCAGAUUUACGCUAAAGUGAUAAUGAACCUGCUUUUUAUGCUUCCAAGGAAAAAAAAAAAAUUAUAUUUUAUUAUCAACAGCUUCUGGAGAGCAGGAUUCUGCAUGAAUUCUUUUUGUUUUAAGUAAACUUUGAUACACGUCAGUGUUGCGAUGAAACAUUUAUCUGUCCCUGUAAAUCAAUCAGUUAAAAUUGUGUGUAUAUUUUGAAUAUUUUUUCUGGUCCAUUUCUGGAUUUACAUUUUAAUAUGCAGUGUUAGUCGCUGUACAUAUACUUGAGAAAGGGUUGUAGCGGAGGGUUAAUGCACUUUAAUACAUGUAUAUCAAAAACAGGAGCUAAGUUUUGUGGAGACAAUAAAAAACUGACAGUAAAAUUUUUUGUUUGUCUAAAAAUUAAAUA